AUGUCGCAGGCGUUAGAUCGCAGUCCUUUGCCUAAUUGCCCUCACUCAGAAGCAGUAAUGGACGCCGCGAGACCGAAACGACCACCGAGUGUCACUCCCCCCCUGAGUAGUAUUUCUGCGGAAACUGCUCGAAAGCACCGGAAUGUUCGGCGGCUUCUUGCGAAUGUUCAGCGUGAGGAGGGCAAGGUAAAAUCGAUGCAGGCACGCUUGAAUACGCUCCUUAAGGAGAGAAGUAGACGAGAAGAGGAGCUGCAGACUGCAAUUGGUUCCUUGCCCACUUCACAUGCUAUCGCAGACCUAAAAAUGCGAUUGCGGGCCGCUCGCGAGAAUAUACAAAACUCCGCGAAGAAAAUCAAUGACGCGGAUGUAUAUUUUGCGCUUGCUGCUGCCAAUGCGAAAGGGAACGGUUGUGGUGAGGCAAGGCGACGACGGGAAUACAUGGGACUCAAACGAGCUAUACAUACUCUUCAAGGCGAGGUUUCCAAUUUGAAGCUUCAGUUGCAUGAGAUAUCCAGCAAUGUGAAAAGGAAUGAUGUAAGUAGAAACUUCUCCUACUCCAAUGAGAAGGCUAAGAACGACGGCGAGUGUCUCAAUGCUUCUAGUGAAAUUGACAAACUGAAGAGGGAGAAGAGAAUGUGGGAAGGGCGGGUACGAGAGGCGGCGGCUGCCUGGAAAAUGGCAAAAUCACGGGAAGCCAGAGUAACCCGUAUCCUUGAAUCGUUAAAAAAACGAAUGGCAAAUCUGCCUCCACCGUCAGUAGGUUCGACGAGGACUAUUAAAGUGGUGAAAAAAUUCAACCCGGUCACUGAGAAUGCCGCUGCUGAUUCGUUCAUUCCUCCAUUGGAGUCGGGAAGCCUGCUUGCCGUAUCGUUGAGUCGUCGGCCCCAAGAGGCGUCUGCCUCAGAGACUUGCCCUCGCGACCAGGACAAUGAUUGUUUAUGUUGGGCCCCGCUGAGAGGGUUUAGUGGUCAGGCAAAAAAAGUUUCCUUUCUGUCCAUGGGCGAUGGCAGAGGUAACACGGAGUCCAGGGAGGAAAAGUUGAAGCGCCAAGUGGAAGAGUUGGAGGUGAAGUAUGCACGCAUGAAACGCCGGGUUUCUAAAAUGCGAGAGGGAAACGAUUCUAGUUGA